UAGCGCAGUGCGGGCGGCGGCGGCUCCUCAGCGGUGCCGGCAGCGCGGGGGGGCCGUUCCCUCGGAGCGCCUCGCCUGGAGCCCCUCCCUGCCGCCUCCGCCGCGCUCCCGCCCCUCGGGCCGAGGCUGUCACCGCGCCUGCCGCCGGGCGCCGCCGGCAUGUUUGACAGGACGCGGCUGCCCUUCGUGGCGCUGGACGUGCUCUGCGUGCUGCUGGCUGGCUUGCCCCUUGGUGUUCUAAACUUGGCCAAAAUAAAACCGUAUCAGAGAGGCUUUUUCUGUAAUGAUGACAGCAUCAAGUAUCCGUUCCAUGACAGUACCAUCACAUCCACUGUCCUCUACACAGUGGGGUUCACCCUGCCCAUUUUCUCUAUAAUCCUAGGAGAGACUCUCUCAGUCUUUUAUAAUAAUUUGCACUCAAAUUCGUUUGUUAGAAAUAACUACAUAGCCACUAUCUACAAAGCCAUUGGGACCUUCAUUUUUGGGGCAGCUGCUAGCCAGUCACUGACAGACAUUGCCAAGUACUCCAUAGGGAGACUGCGUCCUCACUUCAUCGCUGUGUGCCAGCCCGACUGGACACGGAUCAACUGCAGCCUGGGCUACAUCGAGAACUUCACCUGCCAUGGGGACAGAGCAAAAAUCAAUGAGGGGAGACUUUCAUUUUAUUCUGGCCAUUCUUCAUUCUCCAUGUACUGCAUGCUCUUCGUGGCACUUUAUCUUCAGGCAAGAAUGAAAGGAGACUGGGCAAGACUCGUACGUCCUACUAUACAGUUUGGUCUCAUUGCUGCAUCUAUCUACGUGGGUCUCUCACGUGUCUCGGACUACAAGCAUCACUGGAGUGAUGUUUUAACAGGACUUAUCCAGGGCGCAGUGGUAGCUGUGCUCAUUGUUGUGUAUGUGUCAGACUUCUUCAAAGUGAGAGGAUGUACAUUUCAACCAAAAGAAGAUUCCCAUACAACCCUACAUGAGACUCCAACAAAUGGAAAUCACUUUGGCAGCAAUCAUCAACCAUGAAGAAUGACCCCCAUAUCACCUGCACUGCUCUGAAAGAAAGCAAUUUCAC